AUGAAAGCAGAACUGAAUGAAGUCAGAGAGCAAACCAUGCAGCCUUCUUCUGGAAGAGCAUUUCAGGUAGAAAACAGAGCAAGUGAAGUGGCCCUGGAGCCAAAGAGCGUCCUUGACAAGUUCAAGGAGAUGCAAGGAAGCCAUGGCUUGGAGCCAGCCAACAGGCAUCCCAGAGGCAGCAGCGCAGGGAGGGGCCUGACACACAUACUUGGCCCCGCAGGGGGUGCGGCGUUGGUGGCUCCGGCCCUUGGACGAGGGACUGGUGGCCCAGGACCCCGUGUCUACUUUCAGAGCCGCCCUGGGGCUGCAGGUGAGGGCCCAGGUGGCACAGACGAUGAGGGACCAGUGAGGCGCCAAGGGAAGGUCACAGUCAAGUACAACCUCAAGGAGCUACAGAAGCGCCUCAACCUGGAGAAGUGGAUCCUGGAGCAGCUCACUCACCUCUACAACUGCCAGGAAGAGGAGAUCCUGGAGCUGGAGAUUGAUGUGGAUGAACUCCUGGACAUGGAGAGUGAUGACACCCAAGCUGCCAGGGUCAAGGAGCUGCUGGUUGACUGUUACAAACCCACUGAGGCCUUCAUCUCUGGCCUGCUGAGCAAGAUCUGGGGCAUGCAGAAGCUGAGCACACCCCAGAAGAAGUAAGGGUCCUCAACCCAGGUGAACGAUGGCU